AUGGCGCAUUCUGUUGAAGGAACAAGACGCAAGUGCGGCUGUUCUAGGCUGCUCGUGGGUUGGAUCCUGGUUCAGCUCCAGAUUAUUUUGCUUCUUGUUCCUGUAACCGGAUACUUUAAGCUUUAUAAAAGUUGGCUUUACCUCUGUCAAAAAAAAGUGACAAAAAUAUUUUUGCACCAUUCCCUUUCUCACUCAUGCUGUUACAAGGUCAAGUUAAGCAAAACAAUCGUAUAUGGUCGUAUCAUACUGCCGGUGGCCGGUGGCCGCCGAGCUCACAUAAAGCUUCCAUCUUUACCGCCGGCCGUGGCCGCUGCGCCGGAGGACGGCCAACGGGAGCCGUUCUCCCCGUAUGUCUUCCUCGACCUGCCACCUACUCCCCGUGACGACGGCGAUGACGACCCGCCGUUGCCGGACGACCUGGUGCUCCCCUACAUCUCGCGCAUGCUCAUGGAGGAGGACAUGGACGACAGGUUCUUCUACCAGUACCCCGACCACCCGGCACUGCUCCAGGCCCAGCAGCCCUUCGCCGACAUCCUCUCCGACGCCGAUGCUGCCACAGCCACGGCCACCUCAUCCGGUUCCGGCUCCGAUUCCACCGACGCCAACGGGAGCGGUACGGCAUUCACCCCCUCCUCCUAUGUCGACGUCGUCCCCGCGUUCGCCAGCGCCACCUGGCCGUACGACCCGCUCGAGCUCACCCAGCGGCUCACGGCCGGUGCUGCCAACAGCGCCUCCUCCUCCUUGCCCGGACUAGAACAAGCAGGAUCCCAAUUCCAUGAGAGCACGGACAGAGGCAGUCAGAGUCAUGUCCAGAACAGAGUGAGCAUGGACAUGAUCAAUCAGGCCUUCCUCAAAGGCAUGGAAGAGGCCAACAAGUUCUUGCCUGCCACCAGCAUCAGCAGCAGCAGCAGAGGCCGCCGCAAGAACAGGGGGCAUGAUGACUUGGAGGAGGGCGAGACGGGCAGGAAGAGCAAGCUGAUGGCGCCGGAGCCGGAGGAGACCGGCGAGAUAUGGUCGACAAGAUGGUCAUCGACGGGUACAACCUGUGUGUAA